AAUUGAACUCAAUUACAUUUCAUUCAUUUUGUUUAAAGCAUUCAAGCAAGCUCUACAGCAACAUUCAAAGAAUUCAGCACAACAAGAUCGAAUUGCCAAUUUUUAAAACCGCCAAAAUUUGAAAACUGUUAAGCGAAUUCAAUUUUAUGAUGACAAACCUGACUAAAUCAGCUUCUAAUACUUACAAAAGUAACAGACGUUUGCUACAGAAAUUGGAGAAGCAGUUCAUCCGCGACCUCAAACUCAGACUCCCAAAUGAAAUCAUCAUGAAGAUUAUCUCGUUCUUGGACAGCCCAAAAGACAUCAAGAACUGCAUGAUGAUCUGCAAAGAGACAAGAACCACAAUCUUCAGCAAACAAGAAUGUAUGAGAAAAUUUGAAUUUAAUCUGAAUGACAUGCUCAUUGAUUGGAGACAAGGCAUUGAAUUCUUGCAAGUCAGAGGAAAAGGCAUCAGGAACUUUAGAUAUGAAUUGUUUAUUGGAUCAAGGCCAUUGAUGAGGCUUGUUUUAAAUCAAAUGCCAAACUUGGAGGAAUUGAGGUUUGAGAAGAAGAAGAUUUGGUUGGUUAAGGAUAAGAAAGAUGCUGUGCACGAGGAUUUUGGUGAAGAUGAUGACUUUAGUGCUAAUAACGAUGAUCGAGACAAGCUUAAUGGUCAUGAUGAUGACAAAACUGAUCUGAAAAGGAAGAAACCACGAUCAAAUGGCUGUUUAGAUGGAAAAAGUGGUGAAAAUGGCAAAUUCGGUGAAAAUGGUGAAUUUGGUGAAAAUAAUGAGUUUAGUGAAAAUGGUGAAUUUGGUAGAAAGGAUGGAUUUGGUGAAAUCGGUAAAAAUGGUAACAUUGAUAAAAAUGAUAGAUUCGACAACAAAAUUGUGCUAUCAAAAACUAAGGAGCCAUCUAACAAAAUGGACCAAAUUAUUGAACCUACAACCACCCUUAACACUGAUCCCACCAACUCAGACAAUCACAGUGACUCAGACAAUGGCUUCAACUCCGAACUAGAAACUGAAGACGACAACGACAGCGAUGACGAUAGCUACAAGGAAAGCAUCCACUCAAGUGAUGAUGAUGAGUCAAGCAUAGACGCUGAAAGUGUUGGUGAGGUUGAGAUUCAUUCGGAUGAGUCAAGUGAUGAAUUUUCAUCAGAUGAGGAGGAUUUGGAUGCUGCUAAGGAACCAGCAAGAUUGUCAAAGUUGAAGAACUUGAAGAUAAAUUUGGAAGAUUUGCAGGAUUUUGUUGACAACUCAAAGGAUGUUAAGGCAGUAGAGAAGCUUUCAGUAACUUUAAGUGAAUUUGAGAAUGAAGAAGUUUUGGUGACUUUCUUGAAUAAUCAAGUGAACUUGAAGGAACUCGAGCUGGUCAAGCACAAACGACUGAAGGAACUAAAUUUGCCAACAGCACAAAAUCCAAAAUUUAACAUCAACUUGAAAAAGCUGAAAGUCAAGUUGGACUGCAGAAAUUAUGAAAAUCUAGCAAACUUUAUGAUCAGUCAAGUCGAUUCCUUAGAGGAACUAGAAUUCAGCGUCGGUCUGUACAGAAACACAGAAAAUUUCAUCAAUUUUUUCUUAAAUGCCGUCAACUUGACAACUUUGACUUUGCGUGAAGGCAUAGCCAAAUUUAUUGGGAACAUUGACGACUUAAGACUUGAAAAUGUGAAAUAUUUUGACCAAAAAAAUCAAUCGAUGGACCUUGACACAAUCUAUUCAAUCUUUCCGAACCUUGAGACUCUUAAGUGCUUCUCGACUAGCAGCAUAACUGUUAGUAAUCCAAAAUUGACAUCACUUGAGCUGAAAAAUUGUGAUUUGAAUUGUUUAAGGUUCACAGCAUUGCCAAAUUUGAAGAACUUUACAGUCACGAUGAAUUUAAAGAAUGUCAAUGAAGAAAGUUGGACACAUUUUGCCGGACUUUGUCACAACAUUGAGAAUCUUUCAAUUCAGACUUACGAUUAUGAAUUCAGCAAUGACCAAAGUCAACAAGUUAAAAGUUUGUGCAUUUUAGAGAACCUGCGACUGCUUCCAAAACUUCAAAAUGUCAGUUAUAAAACUAUGGCAAUGCCUCGAAGAAUUAGUGAAUUUCAAUGUGCUGCUGUGGACACGGAACUAGUCAAAAUUGACAUAAAUGUUGAGAAAAAAGUUGCAAAAGUUUCACAAUUUUUAGCUCAAAAUCACAGAGGAACUUUGAUCAAAUUGUUGAAUGACUUUGAAGGAUUCACGUUUCAUGAGAUUCGAGCUGAUGAACCUAAGAAGAUUAAGAUUGAUCCGAGAAUGUUUGUGGGUGGUGAGGAACCAGCUGCAAAGCGACAGAAAGAAUCCGAAGAUUAACAAAAAACUAAAGUAAAACUAAAAUUUGGGUCAAUUAAUCAG